AUGGCUCAUGAGGAUUGGGAUCUCUUUGCAAUUGUAAGAAGCUACAAAACCAACUUUGCUCCUAUCACCGAAAUUCCAUCCCCCACCAGCACCACCAUAAUUCAAGACACUAAUCCUUGCUUGGCUAAUUUUACUGUUAGCCAAGAAAAUGAUUCAUUUUCUUUUCCCAAUCUUGUGCAACCUAGAACCAAUGAGUUCCAAGAGCUACACCAAUUGUUAAUGAACUCCAACCCCACCACCCCCACAAGCACCACUAGCACUAGUGGUAAUAGCAUCAAUCCCAAUUCAACUUUUUCUAACCUUGCAGGAUUCAUUGGACAACACCAUCCUCUGCCUGUUCCUCCCCCAAAUUACCCCUCCAUUGGAGGCUCCACUACUGGUUUAGAAAGAUUCCAUCACCAACAACAGCAACCACAGCCACAACCGAAAGCACAGCAACCCCAACCCCCAGAACAACAACAACAGCAGCAGCACAAUGAACUACAAGUUCAAGUACCCCAAGCAAGUUCAAGUUCUAUUGUUUUACCAAACACACAACCACAAACACCCAGGUCAAGAAAAAGAAAAAGCCAACAGAAGAAAAUGGUAUGCCAUGUGACCGCAGAUAACGUCUCAUCAGAUUUCUGGGCAUGGCGAAAAUAUGGACAAAAACCUAUCAAAGGGUCUCCACAUCCAAGGAACUAUUACAGAUGCAGCAGCUGCAAAGGAUGUGCUGCGAGAAAACAGGUUGAGAGAAGCACAACUGAACCCAACAUGUUCAUGGUGACAUACACCGGAGACCACAAGCACGCCAAACCAGCUCACCGGAAUUCUCUCGCCGGCAGUACCCGAAACAAGCCAUCCACGACCCGUUUACCCGAUAUCCACCAAACCGGGUCAUCAUCCAAUGAGGGAAACGUGAAUCCGUCAAGUUCACAAUUUUCUCCCAUCCAAUUGAAACCGGCUUCGCCGGAGAAGAACGGCGCCUUGGUAGCUGUCAGGGAACCCGAUGACCCGGACCCGAAAACCGAACCCGACUUGGCCUCAGAAGAUGAUGAUGACGUGCUGAUACCCAACACGACGGCCAUGUUAGACACCGUUUUUUUGGGUUUGCACCACUUUGACGGCGGCGGAGGCGGCGGCGGUGUCACCAGGGCCAACAGAAACACCAAACCCGCGGGUGGGUCGGAUCCUACAACGUAUCUGGUUUGA